AUGGCCUCAGUAGACAUCACUGCCAUUGAGGAGCGCAUGAAGAUGGCUCAACUAGACCAGCUCCGCGGCUACAAGCAGGACACCUUUGGCGAGGUCCAACAAUACCGCUCUACCGACUACAUCGCCAAGCAUGCUGCUGGCGGCUACCAGGUCCUGCGGGAGCCUCUCUGGAACAAAGGCUUGUCCUUCAGCCCUGAAGAGCGUAUCUCAAGAAAUUUGACUGGCUUGAUUCCCCAUGUCAUGGAGGAUCUGUCCAAACAGUGCCAGCGAGCUCUUAGAAUGAUUCGAUCUCGGCAGACAAACAUUGACAGAUAUCUAUACCUGUCGUCCAUCAAAGACCAGAAUACGGAUCUUUUCUACCGCCUGCUCAUCGACAAUGCUCGUGAGCUCAUGCCUCUGGUCUACACCCCGACCAUUGGCGAUGUCUGCCUGCAAUACUCCACCAUUUACACUCGCCCCGAAGCUCUGUACAUCUCAAUCAAGCAGCGAAAGUCGAUUCGCACCAUGCUGCGAAAUUGGCCGUACCCCAAUCCCGAGAUUUGUGUGGUCACGGACGGAAGCCGAAUUCUUGGCUUGGGUGAUCUUGGUGUGAACGGUGUUGGCAUUCCUAUCGGAAAGCUAUCUCUGUACACUGCAGCCGCUGGUAUCCACCCUGAGAAGACCCUCCCCAUUGUUCUAGACUGCGGUACUGCCAACGAGACCAAUCUCAAGGAUGAGAUGUAUCUUGGUCUCCGGUGCAAGCGCCCUUCUGUUCAAGACCAGCAAGACUUCAUGGACGAGUUCAUGGAGGCUGUUGUGGACGUCUUUCCCAACAUGGUGGUGCAGUUUGAGGAUUUCGAGUCCGAAAAAGCGUUCAACUAUCUUGACCGUUACCGCAACAAAUAUAAGUGCUUCAACGACGACAUCCAGGGAACAGGUGCCGUUGUGUUGGCAGGUUACAUUGGUGCCGUCAACCUGUCUGGCGUGCCCCUUGAGGAGCAGCGUCUCGUCUUUAUGGGUGCUGGUUCUGCAGGUGUUGGUGUUGCUAAGCAGCUGGUGGAGUACUAUACUCGACGUGGUCUGUCCGAGCAAGCUGCCCGCGACAAGUUCUGGCUUGUCGACACCAAGGGCCUCGUCACCAAGGAUCGUGGCGACAAGCUCGCCGAGCAUAAGAAGUACUUUGCUCGUUCGGAUAAUAACGGUCACCAAUUCCGUUCUCUGGAAGAGGUGAUCGAGUAUGUCAAGCCCACCGCCCUGAUCGGUCUGACCGCCACUUUCGGUGUCUUCACCGAGUCGGUUGUCCGAGCUCUCAAGGCAUCCGUCGAUGCUGGUGGCCUCAGCCGACGACCCAUCCUGUUCCCGCUCAGCAACCCUCUCACCAAGGCCGAGUGUACUUUCGAGCAGGCUGUGACUUGGACUGACGGAACUGUCAUCUUUGCCUCCGGCUCUCCAUUCUCGCCAUUGACUGUCAAGGCCGCGGACCACACCAUCACCUACCACCCGAACCAAGGCAACAAUGUCUAUGUGUUCCCCGGUAUUGGUCUGGGCGCUAUCCUCGCCAAGGCUACUCGUGUCACUGACGAGAUGAUCUACACCUCUGCGGCUGCUCUUGCAGACUCUCUCAAUGCCGAGGAGUUGUACAAGGGCCUCAUUUACCCUCGCAUUGAGCGCGUGCGAGAAGCCAGUAUUAUCGUUGCCCGCGAGGUCAUGAAGGCUGCCCGUCGCGAGGGUGUCAGCGCCCUCCCCGAGGAGCAGUGGGUUGAGUGGGAAGAAUGGGGCGAUGUUGCCCUGACCAAGUACAUCACACAGCACAUUUACGAUCCGCUCACUUAG